AUGGAGGUUCGUGAAGUCAAGGAAGACGCCCAGGAGCUGCGACGCCACCUGGAAGCAUUCCUCUCCAACAAGGAAAUGAGUUCUGAGGGAAUCGCCAACACAAACAGUCAUCGUCCGGACUGGGCAGAGACAGGUGGGCUUGGCGAUGUUGCUGGAGCUUUACUGAAGGCCUUGGCUCGGCGUGGACAUAGAGUUAGGAUUGUGGCACCAUUGUAUGGUAACUAUGCAGAAGUCCAAGAAGCAGGAGUGCGCAAGAGAUAUAAGGUGGAUGGGCAGGAUAUGGAGGUAACUUUUCAAGCUUAUAGUGAUGGCAUGGAUUUUGUGUUCAUGGACAGCCCCAUGUUCCACAAUAUUGAGAAAAAUAUAUGUGGGGGAGGCCGAGGAGAUAUUUUAAAACGCAUGGUUCUCUUUUGUAAGGCUGCUCUUGAGGUUCUCUUUUGUAAGUAUACCCGGUGCGUUCCUGUGAUCCACAACAUAGCACACCAGGGUUGUGGUCCAGUAUGCGAUUUUCGUUAUGUGGAUCUUCCACAAAACUACUUCAAACUACAUGACCCAGGUGGUGGGGAACACUUCAAGGUCCUUGCAGCUGGCCUGAAAGCAGCAGAUCGUGUAGUCACUGUAAGCCAUGGUUACGCUUGGGGGCUGAAAACUAAAGAAGGAGGCUGGGGUCUGCAUCAAAUAAUAAAUGAGUGUGAUUGGAAGCUGAAGGGCAUCGUGAAUGGGAUUGAUGCAAAAGAAUGGAACCAGCCUUAUGCACUGAGCUAUGGGACAGCCCCUGUUGUUCAUACUUGGCUUUCAUGUUCUCAUAUUCCUUGA